CGACCAUGGUGCACUUCCUGCGCCAUCCCAGCUACGCUCACCUGAGCUUUGAGCCUCUCGCCCCGCCCGAGAGCCACAUCCUCUGCCCCGACUACUCUGCCGACCACCGUGAGUCCAAACGCCGUCGCAUCGAGGACUUGGGCCAGCGCUACCUGCAGGGCCACCCGCUGCACAUCCACUCCGCUGCCCUCAAGGGCCCCUUUAAGCCUGGCUGGAGGAACCCGUGGAAGCAAGCCAACGAUGCCGACCACAAAGCCCGCGAGAAGCGACGUCGGCGGCAGAAGCACAGGGCCGAGAAGGCCGCCCAGCUGCAGAAAGAUGGCCUGGGCAAGACGCCCGCUCGGCCUGUGGAUCUGACCGACGACGCCCAGCCAUCUGACUAUAGCCAUGAGUGGCUUAGGCGUCGGCCCUUUGCCAAAAAGCCCUCAGUUGCCGCAUCUGAUGACCCGUCCGGCUUCCAAGAGCCUCUCUCUCACCUUGAGCAUAUUACUCCAUCGAAGCCAUCACAACCCCGGCCCGCUGGCAAGGUAAAGGAUGUCCUGGACAAGAUCAACCACGUGCCACAAACGAGGUCGUCUGUGCCGGAGCCGCCUCCUACCACAGCGGUACACGCGAGGAAUGCCGGCCGAGUCCCUGCGCUCGACCAUAACGCUGAUAUACCUUCCGAGGAAGGCACUUGCAAAGAAACAAGGCCACAUUCCCCGCUUGGUCGUUCAGUGAAUGGCUCUACUGCUCUCUCUGCAAGCUUAUCCUCUGUAGAACGAGAUCAGCUUGCAACAGACCAAGGGUACACGCCAAAAGCGAACGUAGCCCAGAAACCGCUCGUAGAAGAUAAUCCGCCAGAAGAGUCCGCAACGACAUCAAUGCAAAUUGAUACCAAUGGUGGCGCAGCGCAACGCCUGCCUCUGCAGAGUAUAGAUCAGUGCGGAGACGAUGCCAGAAUGUCUCAUACUCCUGUACCUUUGCAAUCAAAUGUUGAGCAUGACAGUAUUGUCGACGAUGCUGACUCGGUUAACCUCAUGGUACCUAAAUUCCCGAAAAAUUCCUCGGGUUUUACUGCGAUCAAUCAACGGCCCUUGCCGCUGACGGCUUAUCCUCGUCGAGAAUUUAGCGGCUCCCCUGUCCCCAGAACUGUGCUUGCCGACAAAUCAGACAACAACAACAACAACAAUCGCAACGUUUUGGCUGAUCCAAGCAAUUCUCUUAAAGACGGAGACCUGGUAGCGACCGCCAUGCUUGGAGACAAGCCGUAUUCGGUAGAUGUUUCUACUGCACUGUCUCAUAACUUAGACGGGCAAGAAAAUGCGGUUGCCAAUAGCAACUGCCGAGGUGGUACGCCAAACGUGAAAGAAAGGCAAAUGCCGCUCAACCAAACACAGCUUCAACAGUCAACAGAGAAACACGUUGCAAAGAGCCCAGCUGUGGAGGAGUCUGCUCGUAAGCACCUAAAUAAGAAGAUGGCACAGAAGAAGAGACAAUAUCUCAAUGCCUCACCAAUGAACACGUCCUCUCCUGGAUUCAGUUACCGCAAGAUUUCUGAUCCCACUAAGAACCAGCCACAGCUUGGGCCGACGGAUGAUAACAAGACAGAAACGACAACAACGAAGAAACAAGUCCCCCGCCGGAUCGACUUUGAGUCCUCGAUGGAUUGUGGUCCCGCACCUCCAAUUUUAGAACGUUCGGCUGAAAAAGAGACUGCCACUCUCGACACCCCAGAAACAGAAAACCUUGCAGGAACUACCCCACAGCGACCUGAAGCAGAGCAUGAACACACUAUUGUAGGCGAUUGUAGUGGUGCAUUCCGCAUAUCUUCCACGCGCGAGCUAUCCACUCAAGCAGCUUUGCUUCUUGCGCAAGAAGCAUUCCAAAAGGAACUAGUCUCGCCCCUCAAAGAAACCAGCAUUGUCAUAUCCCCUCUGCAGCCGAAGAUGGGUAAAGGUAUCGAAGGACAGGACGAGUGGACCACAACACCCCCAUCAUCACAGCCAGAACAGUUUACGACAAUUACCCCUUUUAGGGAGUUUAACCAUCGAAAGAGCCCUUCGGCCUACGGUCCACCAGGCAAUGUCCCAGUCAGCACGCAAGAUCUGUUCAAUGCAGCAUCGCCGUUCAUGUUCAGUACAGUGAAGAAGAAGGGAAAGGUCCGAAAAAGCGUCAGCAUCGCUGAUAUUUUACUGCCUGAACCAAAGGACGACGACAUAGGCAAAACCACCACCCCUGCCGGCAAUCCCAAAGACAAUCACGGCAUAGGCCGCGCAGGCCAAGUCACUGAAGCCGAUGGCAGCAUGACCAUGAUGCCCCCUGACUGGAGCGCCACGAGCCUCGCCACCCCCUUCCCAUCCAAGCACACCCAGUCACAGACCCCGCAUUCGCUUCCCUCGGCGAUGAAAUCUUCGGCUUCGAAAUCACUACCCCCAACGAGCUCAGCCAUCGCGCCAGACACUACCACUACCACCGCCAUGGACAGCAACGCCACGCCGUUGGCGGCGGCGUAUGAGCACAAUUCGUACACGCUGGCGCCUGAGUCGGAGCCGCCGGGCUCGGAGAAGCGGCGUGCGGGCUCGGUGUUUGGUGGGUCGACGGCGUUGUUCGAACCAGCGCAGCGGAGGCCUAGUUUAGAUGACGUGGAUGUGGAUGAGGCGCUCGAGGAUGCGGGGUCCUUUUUGCAGGGAUGGGAUGUGGGCGCGGAGUUGAGGAAGGCUGCGAGAAGUAGCAAGGGGACGCCGGUGAGGUAGGAAUGUGUGGUUUGGUGUGAGUGGGUAAUUUUUAUUUUCAGUGUGUUUACGCUUUAGUUGCUGCUUUUCUUUUUGUUGAAAGUUUGGCUCUGAUUGUGGGUUUGCUUGGGUUCGUUUCGUUUCGUUUUUACGGUAAUAAGGCAAGUAUUGGCUCAUGUGUAUACAGAGCCUGUAUAGCAAAUAUUUUGUUGAAGUAUUAUAUAGGACAAAUUGUCUAUAGAAGGUAUCUGGUGUUUGUAUGAAGAAUAUAAUCACUGUGAGAGUAUAGGUACUCUUCGCUCUUACCACC